CGUGUGGAGGAGGACUGGGAUGUGCUCCUUCUAUCCUUCUAUCACGAUUCACAUCGCGGCUCCGAGCUGGAGGAGGAUGCUGAAGGGGGUGGUCUGAAACCAGGAGCAGCGCCCCCACCUGCUGCUUUUACCUUUUCUGUUUUUGUUCAUAUUUAUUAGAACCCCCUUUAGUUUUCAUCGUACCUCUAUUAUCAUUAUUAUUAUUAUUAUUAUUAUUGUAUUCCCAUGUUGGGGCUGAGAUGAGAUGAGAGCCGGUGCGCGUCGCGAGCAUCCUCCUUGCUGACUGGAGUCAUGAAUUAUCCAAGCUUUACUCCACAGAGCCGCUCCGUCUGAUUCAGACAGGAGGGAGCGCUGAUUCCUCCUUAACUUUUCAUUUAGAGCAUCUUCGACGGUUGCAGCUGCAGCAGCAGGUACUUUUGCACCUGAGGUGAGUCCGUCCUCCUCCUUCCCUUCCCUUGCUGGACGUAGACACAAUUUAAGGCUCAUUCUUCCAUGCUGGCUCUGAAGGACCGCUGAGGAGCGUGGGAGAGCAGCCUCAUCCUGCCUCCUGAUUAUUCCCGUCAUUCCCUCCCUAUUUAGGCUUUUUCUCUCGGUAUGAUUCAGUAUUUGUUGUGAUGUGAGCUGAGGUCAGGUUGGAUGUUUCUGGUUAGGUAAAUGAAAGCUGGGACGUGACAGUGAAUACUAAUUACUGUCAGCGACCGUCUCUGCCUCCUUUUCUCCCCCACCCGUCUCUUUCCUCCCCCCGGUUGUCUUCAUGUACUUAUGGCACGCUGACGGGGACUCCCUCUGAAAUCGGGAUUAUAGCGCCGCUAAGGUCAUCGACUUAAACUGAACCUGCGUUCCUUCCAGCGGCUGCCAGGCCAACUGGAGCGGCCAUGUGGAGCAGGGAGAGCGCAUCCUCCUCACCCCUCAUCUGCCUGCUGCUGCUCACGGCGCUGUGGGAGAUCAGAUCAGUGAAUGCUGACGCCGCAUCUGAUGACCUCAACAUCACAUUGUUCACACGUAUCCUGGACAGCCUGCUGGAUGGAUAUGACAACCGUCUACGGCCUGGUCUUGGAGACAGGGUAACCGAGGUGAAGACGAACAUCUUUGUCACCAGCUUUGGACCCGUUUCAGACACAGACAUGGAGUACACCAUAGAUGUUUUCUUCAGGCAAAGCUGGAAGGAUGAGCGGUUGAAGUUUCACGGGCCGAUGAACAUUUUGCCUCUGAACAACCUGAUGGCCAGUAAGAUCUGGACUCCAGACACCUUCUUUCAUAACGGGAAAAAGUCUGUGGCUCACAACAUGACCAUGCCUAAUAAACUGUUAAGGAUCAAAGAUGAUGGGACGCUGCUGUACACCAUGAGGUUAACAGUGCAUGCAGAGUGCCCAAUGCAUCUGGAGGAUUUCCCCAUGGACUUUCAUUCCUGUCCACUAAAAUUUGGCAGCUAUGCCUACACAAUCUCAGAGGUGACCUACGCUUGGACUCUAAAUGCAUCUGAGUCGGUCGUGGUAGAAGAGGAGAGCUCUCGCUUGAACCAAUACGACCUGCUUGGUCAAACUGUUGGGCAGGAAACUAUUAAAUCGAGUACAGGUGAGUACACAGUGAUGACAGCUCAUUUCCAUCUAAAGAGGAAGAUCGGCUACUUUGUCAUUCAGACGUACCUGCCGUGCAUCAUGACAGUCAUCCUCUCCCAGGUGUCCUUCUGGUUAAACAGAGAAUCCGUUCCAGCCCGGACCGUGUUUGGUGUGACCACCGUCCUCACCAUGACAACUCUGAGCAUCAGCGCCAGGAACUCGCUUCCCAAGGUUGCGUAUGCCACCGCCAUGGACUGGUUCAUCGCUGUCUGCUACGCCUUCGUGUUCUCCGCUUUGAUUGAGUUUGCCACUGUCAAUUACUUCACAAAGCGCGGCUGGGCCUGGGAUGGGAAGAGCGUUGUGAGCGAGAAGAAAAAAGAAAGGGCAUCCAUGGUGAAGAAGAACAACGCCUACGCUGUGGCUGUGGCCAACUACGCUCCAAACAUCAGCAAGGACUCCAGCACCCUGCCGACCAUCGCCAAAGGCGGCACUGCCGAUCCAAGCAAGCCCAAAGCAGACGGCAAAGCCCAAGAAAGCAAGAAGACAUUCAACAGUGUCAGCAAAAUUGACAGGAUGUCUCGGAUUAUGUUUCCCGUUCUGUUUGGCUCUUUCAACCUCGUCUACUGGGCCACCUACCUAAACAGAGAACCAGUUAUAAAGGAUAUGGUCCCCUCGAAUUAGAGACUCAUUCUGGUCCGAGGGAUAAGAGGAACCAAAUACCUCCAGCAACUGUGCACACACACUUUUACAGUCCUGGAUUUCAGUGUCAUCUUCUAUCUCCACCUGUUUUCUACACCAACUGCAGCACUUUUGAGAAAGCCUGGCUUUUGUAAAUGUGUAUUUAAAUUUAAGGUUUCAUGGUGACAAAAUGUGCAGUUAUGUAUUCGUGUUUCCUUAAAAGUAUGUUUUCCGGUUGCUUUAUGUAGCCGCUGUAAAUACAAGGUGUAAACGCAUAAACACUUAUGUUUUAUUUACGAUUACUUCUUCGCACGGGGAAUCACGCUGGUAAUGUCAAUCUUCUUGGUAUCACAGUAUCGCGUUUUCUUUUGAGAGAAAGAACAGAUUAUGCAUUAUUUGUCUUUAGUUUGUUGCCAUCUGUGAGUGGCUAGUUUUAUUCUUUGUGUCUAAGCUGGUGAAAAGCACACCUGUGUGAUACUUCAAACUUGUUUUCUUACAUGUGACAGCAGCUAUGGGGCUGUAACCACAUGCUGCUUCCCUGAAUAAUUGGAACAAUCUUAACUGAAAAGGAUCUGAAAAUGUGCGGGAUGUUGUGUGGUUUAGACCUUCUCUCAUGUUGUUUUUAAACAUUUCUUUGGAAGAAAGAAAAGGAAUGAAUCAGGAGCAUUUUGUUCGACAAAAUGAAACAAAACCAUUAUUAUCGGCACGAGACAAAGAACCCGAGAACGACAGAAACCACCGGAACAUUUUAUCAAACUGUGUCUAAACUCACCAUCAGACACUGAGCAACAUUAGCAUCUAUCUGGACAAUGUGGCUUUGUCCCAUCCACCACCCUUUGGCUAUCAUCCCGGGGCCACAAACGUCGGAAGCAGACAACUGCAUUUCCAGAGGAAACGAAAGAGCACUAAACACCAGUAGCCAUUUUCUACGUCCAAUCAUCUUUUGUUAUCCAUAACUUCAAAUGGUGGGUUUUUUUUUUUUGGGGGGGGGACUCUGGAAGUUUGUCCUAAGUUGAAGUGGUAGCAGCCGGCUGUUUCUCCUCUGCUAUUAUCGAGAACCAAAGUUGCUUUGAGCUGUGUUAUUGCUGGGUUUUUAGAACCUGACCAGCCAGAGUCUGGGAACUCUCCUAUUCAAAUAAUCCCACCCCCUGAGAAUUCUAACCGAGCCAAUCAGCGCUGAGCAGCGUACGUCACACACCACAACGCACAUCGAAGGUGACUUCUGAAGCAAAGUUCGCUUCAGCUCUUUCCUCUGUUCUAAAUGACUUGGACAUGUUUCGUCAACCACAACAAGUAGAAGCGCUAAAAGCCUUUAUUUAAAAAAAAAAAAGAUGUUUGGGCCGUCUCCAGACGCCUUUUUGACAACAGCUAAAGAACUACAGUCAUACAGUCUGAAUUUCUGCCUUUUUUCUGAUUGGUUAUUUUUGAGCUGGCUAGUCCCACCCCUCACGUGCCUCUCUGCCUGCGACAUUUACCAGACUAGUUCUCUGUGUAGAAAUAAACAGAGGACGAGUCUGGCAGGCCUAUGGGGUGCCAUUUGUAAAGUCAAACAGUCAUAAUGUAACAGCAAUAUUUUUGGUUAUUUAGCGAAUCAUAAGAGAAAAAAUUGGGAGUUCACUUUUUCAAAGUCAUAUUUUCACCAUGUAAUUCAUACAUUUAUAAAUGUUAAAGUUUCCAAAUAAAUAUUUAGUUAGCAAGCUAAAUAUUUAAUUAGUAGUUAAAUAUUUAUUUUGCAAACUAAAUAUUUAGGUCUGAUCUAAAUAUUUAGUUUGUAAAAUAAAUAUUUAAUUCACUAACUAAAUAUUUAAUUUACUAAUUAAAUAUUUAUUUUGGAACUAAAUAUUUAAUUUGUAAAUUAAAUAUUUAUUUCCGAAAAAAAAAUAUUUAGAUCCCAGCUAAAUAUUUAUUUAGGAGCUAAACAUUUAGUUUGCAAAAUCAGUAUUUGGGAAAUAAAUAUUUAAGUCUGACCCCAAAAUAUACUAUAUAAAUAUAUUUCCCAAAUACUGAUGUUGCAAACUAAAUGUUUAGCUCCAAAAUAAAUAUUUAGCUGGGAUCCAAAUAUUUAUCUCGGAAAAUAAAUAUUUAAUUUACAAAUUUAAUAUUUAGUUCCAAAAUAAAUAUUUAAUUAGUAAAUUAAAUAUUUAGUUAGUGAAUUAAAUAUUUAUUUUACAAACUAAAUAUUUAGAUCAGACCUAAAUAUUUAGUUUGCAAAAUAAAUAUUUAACUACAAAUUAAAUAUUUAGCUUGCUAACUAAAUAUUUAUUUGGAAACUUUAACAUUUAUAAAUGUAUGAAUAACAUGAUGAAAAUAUGACUUUGAAAAAGUGAACUCCCAAUUUUUUAUCUUAUAUAUGCUAAAUAACCAAAAAUAUUGCUGUUAGAUCAUGACUGUUUGACUUUACAAAUGGCACCCCAUACAGGCCAGGCUAGGGUUUUUAGACAGUUGCGAGAGAACCACUUCACUCAAUUUUUAUUUAGAUUUUUUUGGUAUCACCACAACAUAUUUCACGCUGUAUUUAUAGUUAUACUAUGUUAGAACAUUUUAAAAGACAUAAUUUUUUUAAGCAAGCUUGUAGUGUAGAUUUGCUUUUCUAGCUUAAGAGCGCUCUGGUCUGCUUGGAAUGACGUCAGGACCGCUCCGAUCGUAAAUCGUGGCUUUCAGACAUGUUGGAUUGUCUUGGUCUGAUUCCGAAAACAAACAAGUGACAUUUCAUGUGACAUGUAACAAAUCAGAAAGUGAGGUGACAGAUGUGCGAUGCACGUUCUUCCUCCGCCAUGUUUGUUUAUUCAAAAGUCACAUUUCUUUUGGAGAGGUUUUGACCGGAGAAUUUUUGUGUGUGAAAUGGGCUUGUGUGUAGUAUUUACUGUUUUGCCACCAGUGGGAAAGAAGUACUUGAUUUUUUUUACUUAAAAAUCAAGUCACCCCCUAGUAGAGUCCGCUCCCUCUCCCUGUUUGAAAAAUGCAACAAAUGCUGUUCCCUAGCAGACCGAGAGGGCAGAGCCGCUAACAAAUACACACACACAGGCUCAAAACGACAUUGUGACAUCAUAUGGUACCAACUAACAUUCUAUGGUACCUCUUAGCCAAUAGCGAUGGCAGAUUUAAAUUAAAAUACAGUGCAGAGUUUUUACCUGACAACGGCACAACACUGCCAGUUUUAGGCAGAAUAUUUAAAUUUUAACUAAGAUGCACUGAAGUGCCAAAUUAUUGACAACACGUGUCUGCAGCAUGAUUAGACACUCAUUUAUUUAGUUUAUCAGCAAAAAAAAGUUUAUUUGGGGGUGACUUGCUCUUUAACUAAAAUUAACUAAAGUGUCAAAUUAUUGACUGAACGUGUCUACAGAGUAACUAGACACUCAUUUAUAUAGUUUAUCAACAAAAAAAGUUGAAUUGAGGGUGACUUGCUAUUUAAGUAAAAGUACAGAUCAAUUAGGUGAAAAAAUUACUUAAAGUGGGAGUAUCCAAGAAAAUGUUGGCUUAAGCAAAAGUAUCAAAGUCAGCAUUUUCAUAUGUGCUUAAAAGUAAAAAAAGUUAACGUAUUUUCCUAACAUUUAAAUAUGCGUUUUGUGUGUAGAAGUGUGUUGUCACACUGGAGGGAGGAGGCAGAAGUAUUUACCUUUGGAACUCCAGUCUGGAGCAGAAUAGGGAGUGUCCUGCCAGUAUCCAUCAGACCGAGGGUGGGGUUUAUAUAGUGGAGUAGAAAGUACAGAUAAUUGCUUUUAAAUCUGUUUAAGUAAAAAGUAGGCCUCAAGAAAAUUACAGAUACAAAAACCUUGUUCUCAAGUACAGUAACAAGGUAUUUGUACUUUGUUAAAUUCCAUCACUGGUUGCCGUACACCACCCACUGUAGGACAAAAACUAGUGUAUCCAUGAUGUUUUUUAUCGCCACGCAUGAGGCCUUUUUAAAACCGCCCGACUAUUUAAAAGUCCUGCCGUGUGAACUGAGUCUAAGCACAUCAAACAUUUCUUCACCUUUCACCUCUGACUCCUCCCCCACCAUCUCUUUCAGACUUUGUUUAUUUAUCUUUAUGAAGUUGGUUGCUUGUGGAGUUAUAGUGAUUUCAUACUUGGGUCUGAAUGCGCUCUAAACUCCUGGGCCAUCAGAAACAACAUUCCAACAUUCAAGAAGCUGUGAACUAACAUUUUUAAAAAGCGAUUUAUCGCUUGGAUGACUUGUUUAUAUUUUUAAAUUGAACAAACUGAUGUCUCAGUCUUGUGAUCAUUUGGCUAAACUGUGAAGCUACUCCAGCUCUUUUAUCUCCUGGACCCUCAGUGGCACUGGUCGUUAAAGAGCAAACAAAAUGGAAGGAAGAUUCCAUACAGAGUAAAAACAAAUGUUAUAGCUAAUUCAGUUUAUUAUUUAAAUAAUUUCAUGGGAUAUUAUUGUGGUGCAAAUUCACAGAAACCUCUGCUGUGAUCUUGAUGAGGCUCUAUGUGGUUUAAAGAUUUCCUCAUUUUCUGUAGCCAGUUUCUGGUUGUUUACAACAUAUUUCAUGUUCUCAGAAGUGAUCUUAAAGUGCAUCCAGGUCUGAACAAACUUUAAACUGAGACAGGAGCUGGAUCUGUGCCCCAGUGAGCUCUAGUAUUAAAAAAAGAUUUUAUAUAUAUAUACAUAUAUAUAUAUAUAUAUAUAUAAUGGGAAUUUAUUUCAGACUGCCACUGAACUUUUGAGAGAUUAAUGAAUAUUUAAAAAAAUCAGUAUUUGUGUAAUCUUUUUUCAUUAUUGUUAAAAUAACAGGCAUAUAUUUUUGGGGUUGGUCAAAUAUUUUCUAGUUUUCUUUUAGUUUGUGAUCAAAGUAAGGAUUUCACACACCCUGAAUGAGGGUAACAGGAUAUAUAAACCUUUUGGCUUAAAAUAGGGUAGUUUUUUCUACGUAAACCCCUUAUGUUCAGCCUCAUGUUAGCUGUCAUGUACGAUACACUGGUGUUGGUCUUUUUCAUAAACGCUUUUACUUCCAAUUUUACCAGUUCAGCUUCAUUUAUUUGUUAAACCAAACUUUGCAUGGAGACACAAUUUAGGAGACAUGUUUUCUUUAUUUUUGGUCAUAAGGUAUAGCUCACAUCCAAAUUGAAAACUGAAACAUUCCAGACUGUUUGAAGAAUGGAUGGCUGAUUCAGUGCACAGUUUUCAAUAAAACACGUAAUUUCA